ACUAGAUCGAUUCGAGUGCUCCCAACGACGGGGAGAUCUAUUGAGAGCCGCGGGUUUUUCCAUAACGGGGCGAUUUUUUUCGCUGCAGAGCUACAACCAGAGCGAGAUGACUUCUGUGUCGAACGUGCUGAUUCUCCUAUUACAUCGACAUGGGAUGCGACACCCGUUCGUGCACUUCGAAGGCAUCGGGGAGCCCGUGACGCCCGAGCUUCUCGGUACGCUGACUGAUAGAGGAAGACUGCAGAUGGCUGCUCUCGGACGGCAUUUGGCCUUUGAGCACGGGCCGGACGGGAUGGCCGCGCUUGAGCCGGUAAUCCCUGAAGCGAUCGCGUCCUCAGUGCCACGGUGCGUGGAGAGCUCUAAAAUACUUUUCAAGAGCUUCCUGCACGAGGAGGUCAAUGUUGCCGUUUUGAAGACGAAUUUCGCGGAUCUCUACCACGAUAUGAUCGCGCGCAAUAUCGACGCCAUGAUGGCCCAUGAAUUCAGAUCCGACCAAGGCGACCGUGUCAGCGACUACGUGAACUUUUUGAACGAACAAGCAAAUUCUACCAAGGAGACACCAUGGCAGAAGUAUCAGAUCGUCGAGAGUCUCCUUUUGGCGAAGGAAACCGGACAUGCUCUGCCGCCGUAUGCCGACGAAAAAACGCUUGAAAAAUGCCUCAACAUCAUGAACCGUCAACUCAUCAGAGGUUUCGAGGAGAUCUUAUUCGCUGAGAUUGUGCACGAUAUCGCUGCUCGCUUAAGGGACCUCCCGAAUGUUCGCACAAACUUUGUGGAAUAUUCCCUUUCCGACAUAAAUAUCGUCCCUGUAUUGGAACGUCUAGGCCUCGGCAUCGAUUACUGGCCAGGAUACGGCUCGGGCUUCGAAAUCCGAAUCAGUGCCGAUGGCGCUGUCGUUUUGGACGAACUCCGCAACUCAGCCGACGCAGAGAUCAGUGAGAGGCUAGCGAUCCGCAAAACUAGGCUUCAAAAACUUCGAAGAAAAAUCGCGGAUGGCUCUUAGGCUGCAUGACGUCAUGUCAUCGGCCCUAAUGAAUUCAGGAGAUCCGCCGGAGGCAGAGGAUUCGUCACGAUGCAGUCUCGCGAGGAAAAUGCUCAUCACCUCCAUGUGGAAAUCCAGACGUGGAACUAUUUGGUCCGAGAUCUUCUGUUAUUGUAAGAAAAUAAAGCAUAGCUGCCGGAGAGGACUCAGACGCCGAAGCCUUCCAUGUUUCGCGAGGCUACACCCUA